AUGAAUCAACAGGUUCCUAUUGAAGGAAGGGGUGACAUUGAGGGAAGGAGACGAGAGCGUGAGGAGGCUGCGCGUAACGAUGCGGAACCUCCAGCAGUCCAGCAACGAGUGGAGAAUAAUAACCAACCACAAUGGAGACUUUUCAGCUGCAUUGAAGCAGUUUUGCUGAAUGGUCGGGCUCAUCCUGAAAAUGUGAGUGUAAAUGAUUAUUUGAGGCGUAAUUUACUCGAUGAUAUCGACUUGGAUCAACGUCUCCUGAGAGCAUCAAUGUUUGCCUUUGUACAACGAUGCGAAGAGUAUAUUAAUGACGUUAAUGCGCUCAAUCGAAUAUUCGCGACAACAGAGUAUCAAGUGUACAAAGUUUUUGCUACUGCUUACCCCCUGUUGUUCAGAGAGGGAAUAUUGAAUCUUCAGCGCUGGCAACAAGCAGAUGAGGUAGUAAAGGCCGGGUUACAGGUGAAUAUUCGUGGACAGAGAGAUGGAGGGCGGCUUUGGAUUAUUGUCACUAACAUGUUGAAUGAUGCACUCGAUGUAGCAUUGGAACGAGCUGCCCAAACAGCUGCUAGUGCUGUCGAAAUUAAAGGAGUGUAUGAUUCCAUUUAUGAUGCGAAAUGGAGUUAUGUAAUGUCGGGUUAUCGUAGAGAGCCACUUGGAAUGAAAGUGUUUAAUGGAAAACCACAGCGCAUAUGGACCGAAGCGGAGGUGGAUAUAACUCCUGAUCCUGCGAAUCUUGAUGCACGAGUGCCGGAGAGACCCAAUGGUUUGGAGAUUUUUGUUCUCACUUCGGAGAAGGGUUGGCCAUACGACAGGUUUGCAUCGAGGGACGUUAAUAUACGCAAGAACAAUUUUAAACAUGUAUACAUCCGUCGUGAAAUUAUGCGCGUGUGGUAUAUAAUCCAACGAGGGCUGCAAACAUGGUGGGUGGAAAAGACAGCUCGGAGAACACCGAUACAUAUUGUUAUUGGUACACCUGGUAUUGGAAAGUCGUAUGGAGUUGGAUCAUUUUUGCUUCAUUCAUUGCUUCACUUCAAUGAUGGAAUGCUUGAUGUUGUUGCAUAUUUCGUGGGUAAAAUCGCUUACUUAAUAUAUAACAAGAAACCCGGAGAAGAGGGGAGGGUUGAGAGGUAUAAAGUCCCGGAAGAUGCCGUUGACGCAAUAGCUGCGUUAGUAUCCAAGAAAAAAAAAGGGCACAUCAUUGUUGACAUCGGUAAGCGCUUACUUACACCGCCUGAUGAGCUGUGCCAUUUGAGUUGGGGUAUAACUGUUCUCACUUCCCCGGAUACGGCACAUUACGAGGAGUGGGCAAAGGACACGGGAGGCCGCCGAAUUAUUAUAAACUGCGAUGAUGUGCGUGACAUGAAGGCAUUUGUGGCAUGGAAAAAGCUGUGUGUGCUUUCGGAGGAGGUGCCGCGCGACAAAACGAGGCAGCAGUUAAAGGAGGAGCUUGAAAGCGAGUGGAAAAUUGUGGAAGAGCGCAUUGACAUGGUUGGUCCACUGCCUCGUUUUGUUUUCUCAGCCCCUGACUAUGACGAACGACUGGAAAGUGUGCGUAAAGAAGCUAGGCAGCUCGAUAGCGAUAACGGAAAGAAAUAUGAUAAGAUUAUUAGUAAAUCUAAGGGCUGGCAAAAUGAUAAGGUAACGCACAAAUUGGUGAAGAUAGUGCGGGUAAGCUCUGGGACUGUCAAUGUCGAAUCAUAUCGUUGCAGAUCGCUUUCUGUCAACAUUUGGAAUAUGUUGAUUUGCACAUUAUUUGGCAUUCUUAUUGUGGAGAUGACGUCAAAGGAGAUUAUAAUGUCAGACGAGAGUGUCGGGGCCAACGCUUUUGAAAGGCUUGCGUUGCUUUCGCUUCUUUUCCCUCGAGUUUUUAAAGUUAUCGCAAACAACUUGAAAUACCUGCGACGAGGCAGAGAAAUAGCUGACCGUCGAAGCAUACUGAACGACAUGGCUCCUCAGCAGUUGAGACUCAUUGGGCAGAAGGCCUUACCUGCGGCCCAACAGCGACCAAUUGAACGCUGUGAACACAUGGUUCUCUACCUCCCUGCCACAGGCAAUGAACCCGUGGUGGAUGGCUUUUUUUUCGUUGAGGGGCGGCUCAGGAGAAACCGUGACGGAACAGCGCCACCGACCACUCCAAAUAUAGCUGUGCUUUUACAAGUAACCAAGUCGGAGAGGCACCCCACCACUACGGAUAAGGUGCAGAAGUUCCGAGAAAACAUAGCAAGUUAUUUUUCCGACUGGAACACGUUUUCGGGUAACAUGGCUUGGGAAAUGAUAUACAUUAAUUCGGUUAACGGUGGCACGAUAACCCACAGGCAACUUUGCGGAGGACCCCCCGAUAGAGAUAGAGGUGAGGACGGAGGUCCUCUGGGACCGCAAACAUUUUGGGAAUCCAUCGACCAAUUCCAAGUGACACUCAAGGAAACGAUGCAAGCGGAAUUAAUUCAGGCAUAUCGCCGAGAAUCUGGCAUGCGAGAUGCACCAGCAUUGAUGGGACUGGCGGGAAGGCGGCGCGCUCGUGAAGAGGUUGUGGAGGGGCGAGGUGACGUAGCAAUGGACGACGUGGAAGGAGGUGAAGACGCGUAA